AUGGGCGUGGGGAGCCUCGUAAACCGUCCCCAGUGCCGGCUUUACGGCCGGCGUGGAGGUCACCUGCCUGGCCCCGCGCCUGGUGUGCGGGUGUGCGGGUGUGCGGGUGUGCGGUAUCCAAACCUUCCUGUCUGUCUCUCUUUCUCGUCUCUUUUACCCAGAAUCAGACAACACUCUCCUCCGCCUUCUCGGUCUUCAAGCACUCACCUGUCUUUCUUUCUCUCUCUUCCUCAGGUGCACAACGCCACGGGAGUCUUCAUCAUCAACCUCACACUCUCCGAUCUCAUGUUCUGCGUCUUCAACCUCCCCCUGGCGGCGUCCCUCUUCGGGCAGUGCUCCUGGGUCCACACGGGUUUUGUCUGCCUGCUCUUCCCCAUCCUCCGCUACGGGCUGGUCGCCGUCUCCGUGUUCACCGUGCUGGCCAUCACUAUUAAUAGAUACGUGAUGAUUGCACACCCUCAGCUCUAUCAUAAGGUGUACACGCCGGCCUGGCUGACGGUGAUGGUGCUGUCCACGUGGCUGGGUGCCUUCGGGGCCCUCGUGCCCACUCUCCUGGAGCUCUGGGGAACCUUCGGCCUCGAUCCCACCAUCGGCUCCUGCACCAUCCUGCCGGACAGAGACGGAAAUUCGCCCAAGGAAUUUCUGUUUGUGUUCGCCUUCGUGCUGCCGUGCGUCGCCAUCUGUGUUUGCUACGCUCGCAUCUUCUUCAUCGUGCAUCGAGCCGACAAGAAGAGUCACAGCAGCAGCCAGCGCAUCCUCAAAGUCAACGGCAAAAGGAAAAAGCCGAAAACACUUACCUCGCCUUACCGCGGCGCCCCGGCCCCGCCCACCCUGCACGUCGCCCCCAUCAAUGACUGUCUCCAGAGGGAGACGAGAGCCAAGCUCUCCUCCAGCAGGAAUUCCGUCAGAGUUGAAAUAGUUGAGCCCGACAAGGAAGGGGAGAACCCGAGACCCAAAUCUGAGGUCCAUAGUCUAGGCAUAGACGGAGGAGUGAAGGUGGGGAGGGCGCCAUCUCCGGACAUCACUCCCGGAGACGCGCCCACGGACGCCUGCUCACUCCUGAGGACGGAAGUGAACGGUUUUUCCGGCCACACGUCUCAGGAAGCCGUCGUCCCUCUUGAGGCGUCCUGCUCCCCCAUCAGGAUAUGUCCGCCCAGCGCGCCUGACUCGCCAGUCUCUGCGAGGUCAGAAGACAAGCCGGAUGGGGCUCAGAAUGAGGAGCAGGCGGCGGCCACCAUCUCGGGGAAGGGCAACGCCUUCUCUCAACUACGAGGGACCUUCCGACGGACACGGGCUGGUUCCUUCAUCUCCCGCCAGCCCAACCUUAGCGCCAAGGAUCGGCGGCUCCUCAAGAUGAUCCUGGUCAUCUUCAUGUCCUUCGUAGCGUGUUACCUGCCCAUCACGCUCGUCAAGACCUUCAGCAAAGACGACAACCCUGUCCUCAACAUCCUCGGGCUGUUACUCAUCUACAUGACGACCUGCAUCAACCCCAUCAUUUAUGUCGUCAUGUCCUCGGAGUACCGCCAGGCCUACGUCAGUCUCCUCACCUGCAAGAGAGACGUCGACCCACACAACCGCUCCGUCACCAAAAUAUCCUGAAGACGAGCCCGACCACGCUUCCAGUCAGCCAAGUGCGUCAUCGGCAUGUUCCGUUCCCAUGGCUCCGCCGCCCCCCGCCGCGGGCUGUCUCGCAAGGAAAAGCCGGGCCUUUAUGUAACAGGUGUUACGGCAGGGGGCGUCUGCAACCUGGAUUGUUCAUUAGCUUAGUCGCUUCCAGUUCAGCUACUGCAGAGGAACGUGUUGUCGGGCUGAGCCACAUACUUGAAAACAAUGAACUCUGCCGCCCCUUGGCGACCGAGCGACCCUCCCGCCUCCCUCACUUCGCGCUCAGGUCGCCCUGAGCCUAUCGCUUUUUUACAGACUUGAUGCAUACAUGUUUAACAAGGAAUCUUGACAUUACUAGUGCAAGUUACAUACUCCGAAUGUUCGUACUUUUUGUUUAACUUUCAUAUGUGUCGUCCCGCGUUGCCUGACACCGGCUGCCUCGCGGCCAGUGCCACGGGACAUGUCUAAUAACCAGCUCAUCUGCCGUUUUGUACAGCCUCGAUCCAUUUCACUACAUGUCUUCUUUCAUCAUUUUCAUAUUUUGUGCCAUUAUGUUUCGUAGCGAGACAACGAGCGUCUGUUCGCCGUUGUCUCGUCCCUCUUCCCUGUAGCACUGCCAUCAGCUCAGCGCCAUCUGGUAACCUAUAAAAAGAAUCAUUAUGUAAACGUCCUUUCAUCACUGAGGAACAAAUUACCGAGGCUUUGAUGACGGCGAAGAUUGGCGCCACUCCCUGCCACCGGCCCGGCAGCGCGACACAUCCACGACUCGUUACCUCCUUCCUGGAAACCUCUAAUGGCGCCUCCUCGGCCUCCUCCCAUCCUAUUCCCCCUCCAGAUUCUUCUCCUCCUCCUCCUCCUACCAUUCUUCCUACUUCUUCUCAUUCAUGCUCUUCACGCCUUCCAUUCCUCUUCCUCCUCCUCUUCUUCCACCCCUCCCCUCCUCUCGCCUCCCAUUUCUUCUCCCAUCACACGCCCUCUCACCCACCCAUCAACGCCUGGCCGCCUCGUCUCUGCAACAAACGCGACCAUUCAUAACCUCAACGUCUCGCUUUUCACUUAGGCAAAAACCUGAAAGGAGGAGGAGAGACGUCCUUAGGAGAGCACUUCGUUAGUUCUCCUCCUCCUCCUCCUCCUCCUCCUCCAACUUCUCCUCCUCUACAUCUAUUUCCUCAUUUUCUUCCUCUUCUUUUCCAUCUUCCUCCACCUCCUCCUCCUCCUCCUUCUCAGCCCCGUUCCCCUUCCACUCAAAUAUUUUACUUCCUUUAUUUCUGGUUCUGUAAACUGACAACACCUUUUUUUCUUUUCUCCACACUCUUGAUUUUUCCCUUCACUGUCAGUACCAGAGAUCCUUCCCUUUGAUAAUCAGCAUCUCGAGAUAUGUAAAUCAACACGCCGCUCCUUAUCAAACAUUCCCUUUAAUCAGACUGUUCAAACAAAUACUCGGCUUCCCCGCCUUCAAACUUUUUUUUUAUCAUCUCUGUUGGUCUCGCACUCUUCCUCUUCCUCCUCCUCCUCCUCCUACUCGUCUCUACGCCUCCGAUUCUUUCACUCUCCAUCUCUUCCCUUCCUCUUCUCCUCCUGUCCUCCUCAUCUUUCUCGUUUUUUUAUCAUCUCUGUUGGUCUCACACUCUUCCUCCUCCUCCUCCUCCUCCUCCUACUCAUCUCUUACAUUUCCGAUUCUUUCACUCUCCAUCUCUUCCCUGCCUCUUCUCCUCCUGUCCUCCUCCUCUUCCUUCUCAUUUUUUUCAUUUUGUAUCUCCUUCCUUUAUCCUUUUCUCCUUACUCUUUGCCACGGUAAUUUUUUUUUCAUUUUUUCAUCCUCUUUUAUCCUCAUUUGUGCCAUACGGAAAGAGAGGGAACAAAAAAAAAACUAAGUAAUAAUAAGAAGAAAACAGUAAUAGUGAUGAUGAUAAUAAUUUGUAAUGAAACCCAGAGCUGAAUCCAGAGCUACAGUCUUUUUAUGUCUUAUUUUAUCUUACUGUUACAAGCAAGGCAGUAUUCCUAAACGUGUAUUACUUUAUUAUCAUGAACUUUGAACGACACUGUUUUUGCAGCUGCUGACGUUUGGUGCUUAACUGUUCUCGUUUCUUCAUCUCUCCAGGCGGCGUGACACGAGGGCUUUCUCUGCUAACUUUCUUUUUCUUUUUUUACCAUUCUGCCAGUACGAGCAUCCUUAUUUUCUGUAGUCACUCGGCGCCUCGUCCCUUUUUCUCCCGAUGAUAGUAUCCUCCCAGAAAUACUUAACAUCACCAUUACUAGAGUAGAUGUGAUAUUUACAACUCCUCGGUAGAACUUGAGAUGUUAAGCAAUGUGCGACACUAAAGGUGUUAACACUCGUAUUAUCAAAUGUUUGGUGCUCUUUUUACGAACGUUUUUCAAGGCCGGAGAAGAAUUACGUCGGGCUGCCAUGAGUGUUUUUCCCCUUCACGGCGCAUAAGCCUCCCAAAACUACAGCCAGGCUCGGUAACUAUCAAUGAAAACCUUAACAACUUCUGCGAGAGGCUUUUGAAAUAAUGGACUAUGUCUUGUAAGAGGUUAAUACUAUGGGCAUUAACUUAAUAUCAUCGUGAGACAGAGGUAAGAGCACCGUUGCCAGAUUAUCGUACUCAGAGCGAUACCUAACAACAAGAGACACCAAUUAUUAACCAUUUUAACGAUAACCAUAUAUGAAGGCAGUUAUUGGGAUCGAGGAAGCAGUUUUGGGGUCGGAAAUUGGCAAAUAUAGGAGGCUGAGUACGACAAUCUGGCAACGUUGGGUGAGAGGCGCGGAGUGAUUCUACACCCCAAGACGCUCGUGCUGGAAGACCAAAACCAAAAUCUGCCAGAAAAUGGUCUUGUGUCACGCCCACUUUACGGAUUUACCAUUUGUACUCACGUUCGUGCUUCUGAUUCAGCCUUAACAAGGAAAUAAUGCCCUUGAAGAGUACCGAUGAUUUUUUUCUUAUUUAUCGUGAAAGCAGGAAAUCAUGUGAUAACGUAGUGGUAAUGUAGUUUCAGCUUUAGUAGUGAAGGGAAAAGGAGAAGUAGGAGUCGGUGGGGAGUGUCCUUGUAGUGGUGUUUUGGGAUCAUAAUGGAAAGUGUAUAAGGUUAAGGCAUUGAAAGUUUGUCCUCAUGUUAAUUAGGAAGGCGUCGAUGGAUAGUGUUCUCGCUAUGUAUUUGGGUCAUUGAUAGAAAGUAAUAUUUUGGGGGGCAAAUAGGAUGGUGAUCAUUUUUCGCCUUUUCCCGGCAAGUUCACGAAUAGGAGUGAGUUCAUUGAAUUUAUCUUGGAAACAAAAACCAAACUAAAAGACUGCCCAUGAUGGAACAAAAUAGGAAUAGCAAUUACUUUAGUAUAUUCACGCCCUUGGGUAUGAAAUGGUCGGUGGAUAUCGGGAGCCCAUGCAAGCGGCUGAGGACACAACGAGGAGCAGAAGCCAUACAGACCCUUCAGCCAGACACACACCAGCUGACUCCAACACUCAAUGAGCCCUGAGUGGCCGGGACCGAUGCCGCCGACCACAUGAAUAUAACUGGUUUGUAGCCGGCGACGUGGGUCCUGGUGGUGUGUUUUUUGGGGUGUUUAGUGAUAGAAGAGUGGUCUUUCUAUACGGAUUCUUGGUAGAGGAUAAUAGGCAAUGUCGGGUUAACGAUAUGCUGUGUGGCUGAUCGGUCUGUGUGGGUCGGGUGUAAUAAGGUAAUGAUUCCGUGCUCGUCCUUGUUUGAUAGUCUUCGGUACCUCAUAAGGAAGAUGUAAAGACCCAUAAGUGGCGGACGCUGCCUCUCUGCCUUCCAUACAUGAGCUGAGGAAGAAGGAAGCAGCGGUCAUCUAAGCCUCAUCGCCUCUGUAUUCCGGCCGCUGCCUCUUGAAUCUUCCUGUACUCGAGAAGGUGAGGAAAGCAGCGUUCAGCCAGGCCUCAGAGCCCUCACUCCCUCCCUUGAUGUUCCUCUGGGGCUGGAUCCUCAAGUCCACACGACGGGACAUUCACUUUCAUUCAGGCCUUUAGGAAGACGUUUAGCUCCGUCACGUUAAUGUUUACACCUCAUCAUUCUCUGUCUCACAUCGCUUCAAUACUGCCAUUUUCUCUCCAGCUUUUCAAUGGCAUUCAGUGGUGUAUCUCGGCAUUUUACGAACAUUUUUCCAGCGUUAUAAUGACAUUUAUCGGCCACCACCCAAGCCUUUCGUGGCCUCUCAACCAUGGAGCAUUUUGUAAGGCAUUCACUAUUCCGAUAAUUCAUGGCAUUUCCGAGUGUUCGUCAGUAUUCAGUAACCGUCAUCACUGUGUUGUGUGAAGGUUUGUUUCUUCAUGUAUUACUGAGGUAUUUAGUGUUUCUCGAAGGUUUGUAUCGUUUAGUUACCGAUGAUAAGUUUCUCGUGACGUCAUUACUUUGGGUGUAAUAUACUUUCCCUCCGCAUGUAAAUAUCUUGGACCAUUUUACUAUUCCCUCUCUGUGUGUGUGUGUGUGCACGGUUUACAUACAAAUACUUGUGAUAGCAAGGAGCGCGUCGGCGUCACCUCCACGAGACUAGCGUUAAGAUUUGCUUUUAUUUUUAUUCUAAAUCUGUCAAAAGUGAAAUAUUUUUUUACCCCCAUGUACGGAAAUUCUUAGAAAAAAUAAAUAAAACCAAAAACAAGAUGUAACUAAGUACGAUUUGUGCUUUUAGUUGGUAAUAAUAAUAAUAAUACUUAUAAUAAUAAUCAUUAAAAUAGUACUAAGUCAGUCAACUAAGGUUUUGUGAUAAUUAGAAGAUUCGUUCAGGUGUUGUCGAGGUUAAUUAGUGUUAUUCUCACCAGGUGUGCUGAGGUAGCGUUGGUGCGCGGUGUGGCGAGGCGUGUGACUCGUGUUGGCGUGGUUUGGAUAUCAGAUGCGACAAGUUGGAAGCUCCUGAAGCGAGAAACGGAAACGGAGCAUAGAAACAGCCGUAGGGUGCUCCGUGCCCUACUGCAGAACCUGGCAGAUAGACGGCAGGAGGGAUAGAUGAAGGGAAUUAAGACAGAAAUACCAGAGGAAUAACUGAAAGGAAACAGAGAUAAGAAAAUAAUGGAAAAGGAACGGUAAUAGGAUGUCUGAGGCUGUUUUAUGAAAGAUCACAUGACAAGGCAGGAAACGGAGGUGGAGUAAAGAUAAUGGAAAUGAAAGACGGAAGAAAGUUAGAAGGGAGAGGAGUUACAAUGUUUGGAAGGAGAAGAACUGCAUGAUAAAAUAUGACAGGACAUGAUAGGAGUUGGGGGGUUCAAUUAAGAAGGAAGGAAGUAAAAGAGAGGGAUUACGAGUAGGAAAAGGAGUAGGAAUGGAGGUCUAUUGUUAGUUCAAGGCAAGACAGCACGUAAAAGGAGAAAACAGGAAUAGAGUUAGAGGGCAUUCCAAUCUUUAUAUUAAGGCAUGAGAGGUCAGAGGUAACGUUAAAAAGGAUAAGCGGAAAGAAAUACAAGGAAAAUGAGGGAAAGAAGAGACAGUAUUAGGUAGAAAAAGACUGGUAGGAAAGGGAGGGAGAGCUGACAUACAGGAGGACAAGAGUGAAUAGGAAGCUGUAAAAAGGUAGGCAGCGUAAUUAAGGAGGAGGACGAGGAAAACGGGAAGGAGCAAUAUUGGGAAGAGGGAAAACUGAAAUCAAAAGGAGCGCACGAAAAACGGAGGAAACGAGACUGAGUGGAAAGAAGCUACAAAAAGGCAAGGAAGACAAAUUAUUGGUUCGGGAAGGGGAGGGAGAGAAAGAGGAGGAGGAGGAGGAAGGGGAGAAGGUGAGGGCGAGACGGAGAUGAAUCUGGCGUCAAUUAAUGUGGGACAAUUAAUUAAGAUGUCGGUGUCAGUGGCGGGUACACGAGAUUUCAACUAAAUUAAUUAUUGAUUAGGAGUGAUUGAACGCCUUAUCGGGACGCGCUGCUUCGGGGGCGGGCUGGCACGAUGAGGUCUGUGUGUCUGUAGGGUGUUGUGUCUCCGUAGGAUGCCUCACGCGCCGGGCUCGUCAUUUUUUUGUUGUCAGCGAGCGUGGCCUCCAGGCGCUCUCCCUCACCGUAGCGUCGCGGGCUCCCGACUGCUGUAGUGAAACCAGCCUCCCGCACCUUUUCAUUCCAUUGCAGACUUCGUUUUAUGUUUACAGUUUCGGAACUUGUAGUAUUUUAAAAAAAUAGUUUCAUCCAAUUUGGAUAAUUAUUUUGUACACGGACUUUAAAGAUGAUUGGAUUUUUUUUUUCUUUUUUUUUUUUUUUUUAGCUCUUAAAGCAUAUUAUGAACAAAGUCGUCUAAUCAAAACUGUUUCAAUUAAUAUGGGAAAGGAUUUUCAAAGACCAAUUUAAAAAAGGUGGAUUUUAUAGCUGUUGUCAUAUUGUGAACACUGCAGUACAAGAUUAAUGAUUUCUGUUAUUAGUUUUCCGGGUAAUUUAUCAUGUUAUGUUUUUCGUCUAUUGAAGUAUACCUCACUAGCAAAACCUUCCGCACGGCCAUUAAAGUGGAGCAGAGGCUGGACACUAAAAACAGAGGCUUUAGAAUUUGGCCAAAACAACGAUCCCUCAGCAGCAGCCCGUGACGCCUUGGCGGCUGGGAGGCAGUGACGGUGGACGAACAGGCGUGGGUCAGUACCUUCCCCCGCGGGCCGGCGUCAGGGGGAAGCGCCUUACCAUCGUGUACAAGCUAUUCGGUAGAGUCAACGCAACCCUUUUAUACAGCGCGGUAAUAGAAGUGCUAGUCAACACCUCUGUCUACGAAGUUUUUUUAAUUACACUUUCAUACAUACAAGAAUACGAACACACAUAUACGCACACAUACAGGCACUGAGGCAUACAUAUUGGCCCUCACACAUACACACAAACAAACAAAAGAUGCGAGUAGCUAGCCGUAGGUAAAAAUAACUAGGUGUAGGGGCAUUGGUAUAGCAAAAGAAAGCGAAGAGAGAGAGAGAAUAAGGGAAGGCGAGGGUUGAGAAGAAUAUGUGGCCGUGCGUGGCGUGAUCAUUCUUGAGUGUGUGUUUCCAGGUACCUCUCGACAGCAUUGUUUACGGAGGAGAGUUCGGCGAAACGAGUAUAAUUAUCUUUGUCUCCAUUAUAUUAUUUUUUAUCUCAAGGUGGUGCUAAAUGCCUUGAAAGUAACACUAAAGUUGCUUCCACUUAAGGAGUUCUAGUAUUCCUGGUAGUCGUGUGUGUGUGUGUGUGUGUGUGUGGAUAUAUAGGUGAGCUAGUGUAAUUAUCUUUGACCAGGUGUAUAUACGCAGAUGGGAGAUGCCGUAUUGCCAGGAAAACCGACGGAGGAAUCACAGGGAAGCGCUCUCAUGGAUUAUAUAAACUAUUGCCAAUUUAAGUCGAGAAGAUAUUCCGUACCCGAGCAAGUUUUCUCAACCUAUCAUAGUUUUUCCCUCGCGUCUAAUCGGCUCCCAUUCUAAGCUGAGGAUUAUAUCUCGUACCCAAGUAUAUUUUUUUCUUAGCUUCCUCUCGCUUCGAAGGACUCUGGCGCUGUUUUUCACCCGGCGUCCUGAACAAACCUUAAAAGGGACCUAAUGAAGCCCUCGGAGUUGAUGGCCAAACACGUAGGAGGUCCUUUCUUUUCCUUUCUUUGGAUAAUGGGCUUGUUUGUAUGUCCCGGCCCCGUGUCUGCCGCUCGGGACAAAGAGAGAACAGCCUUUGUCAUUCAUCCCUAGUCGCUCUCUCCCCGAUACGAACCCCAAACUCCUCCACACCUUACCUUCCCACCCCCACACAAGGUCCUUCUCCGUCGCCCUACUUCGCCCCGUCCUUCCCCAACACUUACGCACUUACCCUAACAGUCCAUACAGUCCCAUCCCCCACCUGAGAUACCUUACGUCAAUUCACCAUAUCUUCUCAUCUCUUUCACGUCCCUCCUUGCCUCCCUACCUCAUACCAGUCCGCCAUGACACCCCUAGGCACUUCAGUACACCCCAUACACUCCCUUCUUCCUCCUGAUAUUCACCCUUAUCCAUCUCACUUCGCCUCAUAUCCCACUCCAACAGCCCUUACCUCCUACAUACACGUCCAACAUACCCCACCUCAUUGCUCUUCCCCUCACCUAUCCCCCUCUUCGUCCUCUUACACUUCCCAUAUACUCCCCAACUACUCACUCUGUCUCCCUCCUCCCCAGUCUUGCGCUUCCUCCUGUCAUUCCCCAUUCCCAUCCACUCCUUCCUUCCGAUUCCUCAACAUCUCCCAGCGCCUCCCCACCCGGUCUCCCUUCACACAUGGCCCCGGGGAUCCAGCCAGCCGCUUCUGACGCCUUCGGUAAUGAGUUCUCUUCGGCACUCCAAGGAUGGCUGGCUCGUGCUGCUGAUGCCCGUUUGUGGUGAAAGCCGUGACCCCCGAGCGAUGUCUUCAAGCCCGGCGCGGCACUGUUAAUCACACACACACACACACACACACACACACACACACACACACACGUUCAUUCUGAUUGAUAUUUCGCGCGGCACAGUUAAUCACACACACACACACACACACACACACACACACACACACACACACACACACACACACACACACACACAGAGACACAGACACACGUUCAUUCUGAUUGAUAUAUCUCUUCCACAAUGUUUGAUAAUUAAUGAAUCCUUGAAUGAAUGAAUUAAUCGCCCGCACAAGUUAACUGCCCUUUCUUUUCUUUCUUUCCUCAAAAACAUCGUUAAAACUAAAUAAGCUUGUUGGUCAAUGGAGUGAGAAGUAUGAAAGGAAAACGGAAUUAGACUAUAUUGGGAUCUUGUUAGUGACCUCGGUAAAAAGGAUAAAAAGAAGAGAAAUUUUAAAACGAUUCCUCUCAUCUUGAUUUUACACUCCCUUUAAAAGUCCUCUUAAAACUCAACACUUUUAAGACGAAUUCUCUUAAAACUCGCCUUUGGAACUUGUCUGAAAGCUUAAACCAACGCUACUCUACUUAAAACUAAUCCUAAACUACUUCCCUCAUCUUAGAAUUCCACAUGCAAACUUUAAACUCAUCGCAACUUCAUUUUAAACACACACCAUAACGCUUCACGACGCUCUACACUGAUGCUGCUGCCCGCCAUCGCAUCCACAAGCCUCCACAACCACUUCCCACCACCACCACCAGUCUCUUAAGAACAUCAAACAGAGCCAUUUCAUCCCUUGCCCACGUGAAUUUCCCUCGGCGUAAGAAAGUGCAUUACGUUCUUAAUUAUACGCCUCCAAGAAAAAAAUAUAUAUAUAAACCAGCCGCCCCAGCCUUUAAGUUCAGAGUUCAAAGCAGUGAGAGUCAUAACAAGAAGCGACGUCCUGUAAAAGAAAGCAAGCCAAGCGCAUUGCAUUAAGAACCUUCGCCGAAGAUAUACGAGGACCGUUCCUUCAUUUGCUGUCCUUUCCGGAGCUCAAGGCGGAGGAAAACGAGGAGGAAAAUCAAACAUCCUCUGAUAAAAGAAAUAUAAAAGGUGAUGAAAAAAAAACAGGAAGCGGAAACUUACCCAAAAAAUAAUAAUCCUGGAAUGUGUUUGACCUCCCACCUCACCCCUCCCCACACACACACACACACCUGGAUCUUGCAAACUUCAUUAUCAAACGCUGUGGAGGAUAAAAAUAAAAACUAUAAGAGGGAAAAAGUAAACCUCGUGUGAUUAACUUUACUGUGGUGUUUCUAUCUGGUAAAUAAAGUCACCUGAAGUAUGUCUCUUAUAACGAAAUAAAAUACGUCUACCAGAAAUUGAGAAGCAGAAUUGAUUUAACUUUAGACACAUGAAAUUUUGCCUUGGUUGAGUAAAAUUGUCGAAGGCUGCGAGAAGAGAGUUACAGAAAGUGUCACCAGAAGUCAGGGGUUAAGGAAAACAAAAAAAUAAUAGUUCUCUUUUUCGCCUCCUUUGUCUUUCUCCUCCUAAUCCAAAUGCUGAUCCUCCUCCUCCUCCUCCUCCUCCUCCUCCUUCCAUUCCUUUCUUUGUUUUCCUCCACUCCAUCCCUUGCUCCUUGCUUGUGUUAAUUUGGAACCUUUUAAUAUGCACAAAAAACGUAAUGCAAUGAAUGUCCUUUCCCCGGAGACUUUCAAGAGGCAAAAACAAAAUAAAACAAACAUCAGCUGAUAGAAAAAAACAAAUGCAAUACUGACCUCCACCAAACAUAACACCGGAAACUCUAACAAAACAUUUUACCCCUUUUUGGAACCUUCCCAUUUCCACCUAAAUGAUCUAAAACGGUUCACCUCUUUUUCAAACAAUUCCGAGUUCACACGCAUCUUUUUUUUUCUCUGGGAACGGAUUAUCCCCGCGCUCAGAGUUUCUUCCUUUUCCGCCUCCUCUAAGUGGGCAAGAGUCGGGGAAUAUUUAUGGAUGACCGGGGCGCAGAUUCCGAGUCCUCGAGGCGCGCCGUAACCCAGCCGAGUGCUCCGCCGCCUUGCCUCAUCUGGCGGUGUGACGAGGCGUGGCCACCGUUGCCAGAUUAUCGUACUCAGAGCAUCGUAUUUACCGGUUUCUGACGCAUAACUAUUGCCAAGAAGCAUCAGGAAUUAACUAUUUUAUCGAUAAGUAUGAAUGAAUCUCGUUAUUAGGGCCCAGGAGACGGUUUUGGGUCAGAAAUCGGUAAAAAUAACGGGCUGUGUACGACACUCUGGUAACGUUGGCCGCGUGUUAAGAGAGCCUUCUUGAGUCCUUCCUUUUUAGCCCCUUUUUCAGAUUCUCCUUUUGCUCUCUCUUUUUCCUGCCUCUCUUCCCUCCAGCUAGUAACCCACCGCCAACGCUUCAUUUUUACUCUCUCUUCCAUAUAUUUCCUUUUCUUCUCCCCUCCUCGAAAUCCACAGUCAACCUAACCUGUUUUCUUCUCCUAUUUCUUCUUCCUUACCUUUUCUUUUCCUCUCCCUUUUUCCAAACCCUCCGCCAACCCUUCACGUUUACUCUCUCUUCCAUAUAUUUCCUUUUCUUCUCCCCUCCUCGAAAUCCAGUCAACCCAACCUGUUUUCUUUCUCCUAUUCCUUCCUUGCCUUUUCUUUUCCUCUCCUCUCUUUCAAACCCUCCUCCAACCCUCCCUAUUCUCUUCUAUGCUCCCUCUCCUACCUUCCCUUUUCCUCUCCCUUCCCCGAAAUCCACACCUCCAAGUCUCCCUAUUAUUUUCUCUCGUUCUCCCUUUCCCUACCUUCAUUUUACCCCUCCCUCCUUCCUUCCCCUCGCAUUCCCUAACCAGGAACACACCAUCACCAAGCAUCGUAUCAUAUCCCCUUACUUUCCUUGGCUUUUUCCUCUUUUUUUCCAUGUCCUUUUCCUUCUCUUCUUUUCCUUUUUUUCCAGUUACUAAAGCCACAACCUAUUUUUCCUCCUUUCUUUUUCAAUAUUUUCUUUUUUCUCUCUUUCUUCCUUCCUCGCCUCAUAUCCUCGUCUCCUUCUCUCCCCUUUCUUCCCUUUCCCUCCCUUCUUUCCUCCAAAACAGCCUUUCCCCCAUCUUUCUUUUGUUCCUUACUUAUUUUCUUCUUUCCUUCCUUACUUGCCUCACAUCCUCGUCUCCUUCUUCUCUCCCCUUCCUUCUCCUUCCCUCCCUUCUUCCCUUCCUCCGCGGCCCCUUUCAUAACCAGCUCCACACCGCCUUCCCUCCUUUCCCCUUUCCUCCCUUCCUGACGUCGAAUAUAUUUUUUUGUAUCGUUCGUAAUGGCUGCCCCGCGACCUCGUAUAUUCCGUCGGUGUUUGUCACAGGUCGAGCGCAGGUUCCUUGAGACCGUGUUUACGCUGCCGCUACUCCGCUCGCUCGGCUCGGCCCUUCCCGGAUGGCGAUAUACGGCGCAUAUAUUUCCCUCCCGCACCUCCGCCGCACACCAUGUUUACCCGCGGAAAAAAAGAAUAAGAAAAAUUUGAGAUUAAGUGCCACUAGACAGUUACUAUAUACCUUUUAUAGGGUUAAUGGACUAUAGGAGUGUGUAUAUACUCAUGAGGUGCUAAAACUUAAUUAUUGUCGUUAUUAUCAUCAUUAUUAUCAUUAUUUUUAUUGGUGUUUGUUUCAAUGCUCAAUUCAUGUAUAAUUCAUGUAUAAAAAAGAGCCGGAAAUUCUCUUCUUCUCUGGCUAUAAUCAUACAUAUGCGUGUUUUGUAGAGUCGUUCUCAAAGUUCUCAAAGGUAGGAGGGUCUGAAGUGCUUGUGUAAAGGAGAGAGUCAUAUAUUAAGGGAUUGUGUAGCGGUGAGUCAGGUGUUAAGAGAUUGUGCAGAGAUGAGAGGCAGGUGUUCAAUGAUUGUGUAGCGGUGAGUCAGGUGUUAAGAGAUUGUGCAGAGAUGAGAGGCAGGUGUUCAAUGAUUGUGUAGCGGUGGGAGUCAGGUGUGGAUUAGCAGGUAAUGCGGCGGGCGUGCUGGGCUUAGGAGACUCGCGUAGGGGCCUUAGCGUGAGGGGCGCCGCCACGUGUGUGUAUAGGGGCAUAGGGCAGCUAGCGUGCGAGCCUGCAGGUGGUGUUCAGGUGGACGGUGGGGGAAGGUAAUUAAGUGUACAGCUGCGGACAAAAGUAUCGAUCUACCUUGGUUUUAAUUAAUUUGGACUUGGUAACCUUAACGUCCGAUGCGAGUCAUUCUUCUUCUCCGUCAGUUCCUACUCUUCUCCCCUCUUUCCUCCGUCACUCUCCACUUUCCUUCCCCUACUUCCCUCUUUUCGCCAUUCUUCUUUUCCGUCAGUUCCUUCCCCAC